AAUGAAGACGAUUCUCAUUAUUCUUCUCUUUCUUGCUCUUUUCUCAUAUACCUCCAAUGCUAAUUCUUUUACUAAUGAUUUUUGUGUUGCAAACUUAGGACUUCCAAAAACGCCUUCAGGUUAUCCAUGCAAGUCAGAAACCAUUGUAACAGCGAAUGACUUUGUAUCCUCAGGUUUUGUAGCAGGCAGCAUAAAAAGCCCUUUUAAUAUUGGAUUUACACCUGUAAAUGUGAAAAAUUUACCAGGUCUCAAUGGGCUUGGCAUCUCUGUAGCAAGAAUAGAUUAUGCUAUAAAUGGAUCUGUACCAAUGCACAUUCAUCCCGACGCAACCGAAUUAGCAAUUAUUGUUGAAGGUGUCGUUGAUGUUGGAUUUAUCACACCAACAAAUGUUUAUCAGAAAACUCUUAAAGCUGGUGAUGUUUUCGUUUUUCCAAUUGGAUUAUUGCAUUUUUCAGUUAACUCUGGUCCUGGAAAAGCUAUUGUAUUUUCUGCUUUUAGUAGUGACAAUCCUAGCUUGCAAAUACUCGAUGUCUUAAUAUUUGGUAACAGAUUAGCAAACGAAACAAUUGAAAAGACUACACUCCUUGAAAAAGCACAAAUUAUGAAGCUUAAGGCUCAAUUUGGUGGUAGUGGCUAGGAUUGUUAGUUUAUGAUUCAUCCUCUUAGUUGGUUUUAAAUUAAGUUAAUCAUGUAAGCAAUAAAUGUUAUGUGUGU